AUACUCUGCCAUUCCUGGAAUUCAGUGGCUCGAUUUACUAUAGUUCUGAGUCCAAUGAUUGCUCCUACUUGUCAGAAUGUAUCCGAGAGAAACUUUCAGAAGGAGCAGCAAUUGGGUUUGACAUUGAAUGGCCUCCUGUUUACAUUAAAGGGAAAACUGGAAAAGUUUCACUUAUUCAAAUCUGUCUUUCAGAGUCGGAAUGCUACUUAUUUCAUGUUUCAUCCAUGACAGGUUUUCCUAAAGGUCUGAAGAGGCUGCUUGAAGAUGAGUCUAUAAAAAAAGUUGGCGUGGGGAUUGAAGGGGAUCAAUGGAAACUACUGAG